AUGGUGACGCCCGCCGUCCCAGAAAUCAUCGAAGAUGAAGAUCUCUUUUCUGCAAUCGAUGCACGAACCGAAGCUUUACAGGGCAUUCGAGAGCUAGGACCUCCAGACAUUGUAUAUCUCGUCAAACAAUCGAGCAAAGGAAACGGGAAACAGACCGGUGUCUAUCAUCAUGUCACAGGAGUUGACGCUUCUUCUUCCGCCAGUUUAGCAGCAUAUGUCAAUACCUUGAUCUACAACUCGGCCGACAGGACGCACAGGGUUGUAUCAGGCCUUUAUUGCUGCUACAAUGCGUUCUCGAACCUGGACAUGCGAGUGGAGGUCAAGAUACCAGGAAGUGUGGAAAGCUACAGCGUGGAUGAGAAAGGUGACAGAAGGGUAGCAUCGGAGAGUCUGUGGCUGGAAACGUUCCUGUGCGGCAUUCUCCGGGCUUAUUCCUAUGCGGACGAUGGGAGCGGGGAUACCAUCAAGAAGAUUGUUGGUGUAAGGAGAUUCAACCCAAUCACGAACACAGAAACCGAGCAUAAAUUUCUUGAUGCUGCAGAGCAACUCUUCUUCAAUGGUCGGCAGCUUGGUUCGGACCCAGAGAUCCAGGUCCCGAAUCUCGUGUGUAAUCACCUUACCGCUGGGCUGCUCAAAUACAUCAAGACCACUGGGAGAUAUACUUCGGGCAUCAACCUCUUCGAGAAGAUUCGAACAAAGGAUGUCGAAGUAUCAUCUCUACUCGCGCAAGUCCUGAUAGCGGGCGAUGAGGAAGUCCAGGCGGUGCGACUCAUGCAUGAUGCUCUCCAGGAAGUGCCGAUGGACUACGCUCUUCUUGAUUGUCAAGCAGCGUUCUGCCAGGGCAAAGGUGAGGGCGAACUUGCCCUUGAAUGUGCCAAGCGAGGUGUCACUGCUGCCCCGAGUGAAUUUGGAACCUGGGCGCGGCUGGCUGAGGUAUAUGUCUCAGUCGAGCAAUGGGAUUUGGCACUUCUUACCCUGAACUCAUGUCCCAUGUUUACUUAUCAAGACAAAGACUCGCCACGAAUGCCUGAGCCUUCGCGGAUAUUGCUUCCACUGCUACCCGAGAGCUUGUUGGACGAAAUUGAUGAAGGUCAACCCAAACAAGGCGAGCCUUACGAUGAGGUACAUGCUUCGCUCCGGAAGCUGCAGGCGGCAACGUACCAAGGAACUUUCUUAAAGGCGUACAACAUUUUGACGGAAAUUGCAAAAGCAAUUGGCUGGGAUCAGCUUCUCCGGACCCGAAGCCAAGUCUUCGUGAUGGAGGAAGAGUAUCGUACGGAGCGACAGACUGCGAUCGCUUCAAAGCCAUCCUCGAGCCGAAAUGCCAGUACAGUGGGGCUCUCGGGCACCCCAAAUGGUGCCAAUGUGGGAGCAUCGAAGAUUAACGGAGAUGACAGCGAAGAGAAUCGAGAAGAAGGGGAUUCAGAAGCCUCCUCAGGGCCAGCCCAGACGAACGGGGAGGCGGAAACCAGAAUGCGUGCUGCGGAAAAGUCAAUGCAUAAGCCAGAACCGACCAUCGCGUCAGAAUUGGUAACGUCAGGCAAUGAAGACCCCAAUCCAUCACAUCCAGGUUAUUCUCAAUUCCAAAAUAAGCGACUGUGUGAAAGAUGGCUGGACAGCUUGUUCAUGGGACUCUAUGAAGAUCUGAGAAUCUAUACCAUAUGGCGAACCGAAAUGGCGCAAUACCGACAACAGCAGAUUCAAUACAAGAAAUCUGCUACGGAGUGGGAGUUGCUUGGCGAGCUAGCGGAGAGACUGCAUCAUUUCAACGAGGCUAUCGAAGCAUAUCACCAAUGUCUUGCCAUUAGGUUUUCACCACAAGCGAUGAAGGGGAUCCUGAAAUUGUGCGAGCGAGAAGGUGAUACAAGGGGAAUGCUUGGGGCACUGAUCCGUCUGAUCUGCUGGCAGUACAGAUGGUACUCUGAAUUCUCGCCCGAGCUACUUUAUACGGUUCGAAAGCUGAUUGAAGAAGAGGGAGCAGUCAAGGUGAGAAGUAUUGUCCAGGCAACGAACUUACCGCAACCAGUGCUGGACUUGACACAUCAGUACUGUCAGCUCUGUGCAACGUUUCGAAGUAGUGGAAGUGAGGGUUGA